AGUCAGGUCGAAUCAGCUGUUAUAGUAUAAGACGAUGUGAGUGUGUCGGAGAUGUGUCAUGACUGCUCGAAUUGGCAGGUCACGCGGCGUGCCAGCCAGGUAUGUCUUCGCCGCCGUGGCGAUGCUUGGCACGUUCUUCAACAUACAAACUCUGUGUUUCCCUCCGGUCGCUCUUCCUGCGAUGGUGCGCAGGAAUUCCACGGACACUUAUGCAAACGAUACGGUGGACGUGUGCAUCUUCGGACAGGCGGGUCAGAACAGCUCCAGCCAAGUGCACGGAGGAGAGUUCGACUGGGACGAAGCGAUGCAGGGCUACGUGAUGUCGGCCAUGGCCAUCGGGCUGGUACCCUCCAUGAUAGUGGCCGGCCGCCUGGUGGAGAUAUGGAGCCCCAAGCUCUUGGUGGCCGUCUCGACGGUCAUGGGAGUGCUGUUCACCAUGCUGUUCCCGGUCUUCGCUAAGUGGGAUGUGAACGCCCUCAUCGUCUCGCAGCUGGCGGCAGGCCUUCUCAUGGGCGCACCUAUCCCUGCAAUUAACGCUAUGCUCUCGUCCUGGUUCCCGCCUGACGAAAGACAAAAACUAGCAGGCAUCACGUUCGCUGCGCAAAGCCUCGGUGUUAUCACCGCUAACGGCAUCACGGGGAAGCUGGUCGACUCCAUGGACUGGCAGUUCGCCUUCUACGUCAUUCCCUCCUCACAACUGGUGUGGCUGCUGCUGUGGCACCUCUGCGUCUACGACACCCCCGAAAAACACCCGAGAAUCUCCCAGGAAGAGCUGGCCUACCUCGCAACCAGCAAUGUCAAAGAACCGUCCCAGACAUUAUCUGUGCUUCCGUGGAGGCAAAUGCUGUCUUCGCCACCCAUCUGGGCUCACGUCACUAUGGCUCUCGCUCCAAGCUGGAUUUUUAACACCUACGUCAACAACUUGCCUACUUACAUGGUGGAUGUUCUGCAUUACAGCACAACCCAGGCAGGGUACCUGCUAACCAUUCCACAGCUGUUUUUCUGGAUGAGUGCCAUAGCAUUCGGAUUCAUCUCACAGUGGGUGAAGAGCAGCCACUUUAUGGGUCAUCUUCUCUCGUACCAUAUUUUCAAUGGCAUUUUAUCUGUAAGUCAUGGAGGAAGAAGUCCCAUUGUGCGAGAAGUCCCGCACCGUUGUGUUGUCCUCUCAGCCACGCUGGGCUCCGCCGCCUGCCUGGCCACCGUGCCGCUGGUGGGGUGCAGCGAGGUCGCUAUUCUGGUCCUGCUGGUCGCCGCGAUGGCCUGCAGCGGCGCCUACAUGGGCGGCAGCAAGCUCAACCACAUGGACCUGGCCAUCAACUACGCCGGCACGCUGUCCGGUGUGCAGGCAGCCUUCGACAUCUCCGGCGCCGUGCUCGCGCCCAUCGUCAACGGCCUCGUCACGAACCACCAGCAAACUUUGUCAGCGUGGAGCAAGGUUUUUUACAUUUCUGCCGCUGUAAAUGUGUUCUUCUUCGUCGUGUACCUUAUCAUCGGCUCAGUGGAAGAGCAGCCGUGGAACCGGUCCAUGAUAAGUCAAGACAACGAAGACAAGGAAAAGGGCAAUCAAGCAUCGACAGACGAUGUAAUUGAAAUUUCCCAUUUGUAAAGCAGUAAUACACCUUUGGGUAAAAUUUGCUUCGCAAAUAGUACAAA